AUUUGGUCGUUCGGGAUGUUCGUAGGCGGACGCUUUUGAAUUGUUCCUAAUCCGGUUAAGAUGGAGAAAGAAAUGGGUUUGAGUCUUGCUGCCUCACUCGCACUUUGCUCUGCGUGUCUGUGAAGAAGCACGAUGGCGCUUCUGGUCGUGCCGUUGCUCCUGCAAACGGGGUUGGUUUUGGGCUCGAAUUACGGUUAUGUGGACUGGUCAGAGGAUGACAGAGACGAGAGGAAUCCAGCCAUCUUCAGCACCCAAAACAUCCACAGGGAGCCGCCUCUCCAGCCGACUUAUUUCUCCGUGCCAGCUGUCACCGAGCGCGCGGUGGUGGCGCACAAAAUCGAGGAGGAUCUUCCGAGGGUGGUGACCGCGUUCCUGCACACCGGAGACUCCUCAGCCUUGAAGGAGGUGAACUGUUCGCGGAGGUACGAACUGAGGAGCCUGCGAGGCGGCCUGCAUGUCGCCUCCCAUUACUCCCUGCACAGCAUCCUGGACACUGUUGCGCACGCCACAAACUUCCUGAAUAUGAUCCUGCAGACUAAUAAGUCCCGGGAGCAAACCCUCCGCAGGGACAUCCACUGGUACCACGCGCUAGUUCAGAGCAUCCUCGAAGGGGACCCCAAAAUCCACAGAGCGGUGCUGACCUUCCACACUGAUGCGCCGACGCCGGGUCCCCACGUUUUCCUCCAGGCGACCAGAACCGAGAAGGAGGUGGUGCUGCAGGACCUGUCCACCUCUGUCCACCGCCACCUGGCGAGCAGGCGCCCGGAGGCCGAGUGGUUUAAUGAGUUCAGGGACGGGAAGAGACCGCAUUUGUUCAGAGGGACCCCACAUGGCCCAGAGGCCGCGAGCUCCAAGAGAAGUUACCUUUUGGAGAAAAAGCAGAUCAAAUGGUCUGCGCCCUACCUGGAGUGUGAGCACGGCGCGUUCGUGCCCUACUGGCUGCUCACCUUAUCUGCUGGAUUCUACGGACUCAAGGGAGAGUCUGCUGCAGAGUUCAGGGGCGUGGUCCGUGUGGACGUGAACCUGCAGGACGUGGACAUUGACCAGUGCUCCAACAGCGGCUGGUUUGCUGGGACACACCGCUGUAAUCUCACCAGUAUGGAAUGCACGCCCAUCGUCGGCCAUGGAUUUGUGUUGGACAAGUACAAGUGCCAGUGCAGAAGAGGCUUCUACCAUCCCAGCCGAGUGCCACUCAGUGGCUUUAAAAGUAAAGAGCUCAACCUAAACAAAGAGGAGGCCCCCGAGGUGUCCAACAAAUGCCUGCCAUGCAGGCAGGGCUGUGUCUACUGCCAGGACGACACACCGUGUCUGGUCCAGGAAGAUGGGAUUUUGCGGUUUGCUGUGGUCUCCUUCCAGGGCCUCUGCAUGGUGCUGGACAUGGCCGCCAUGGUAGCAGUCUACCACUUAAGGAGGAACAAGAGCGUCCGCACAUCUGGCCUCAUGUUGCUGGAGGUCAUCUUGUUUGGAGCUUUGCUUCUGUAUUUUCCCGUGAUGAUCCUGUAUUUCCCUCCCAGUGUGUUUUGCUGUAUCCUUCUGAGGUGGGUUCGCCUGUUGGGUUUCACCAUCAUGUAUGGCACCGUCAUCCUCAAGCUGUACAGGGUCUUAAAGGUUUUUCUGUCCCGUACGGCUCAAAGGACCCCUUACAUGACCAGCUGGCGGGUCCUGCGGAUGCUGGCAGUUAUUCUACUGGUGAUACUGUGGUUCCUGGUAGCCUGGACCUCAGCUGUAUGCCAGAACCCUGAGCUGAUUCAGGCUUUAAUCUCUGCGGGCCACACCCCAGAGGGACUGCAGUUCAGCACGUGUUUGCUGGACCGAUGGGACUACAUGAUGGCUGUUGCGGAAUUCCUGUUCCUGCUGUGGGGCGUGUACCUGUGCUACGCUGUCCGCACCAUACCCUCGGCUUUCCAUGAGCCACGUUAUAUGGCUGUGGCCAUCUACAAUGAGCUUCUCAUAUCAGCCAUCUUUCACAUCAUCAGGUUCUGCCUGGUGCCUGGGCUCCAUCCCGACUGGAUGCUCAUGUUAUUCUUUGUUCACACCCAUCUGACUGUGACUGUGACUCUGGGGCUGCUGCUCGUUCCAAAGUUUGUGUCCAAAGGCACUCAGGCCAGAGACGAUAUUGCCACUGAGGCCUACGAGGAAGAGCUGGACAUGGGAAGAUCUGGCUCUUACCUAAACAACAGCAUCACUUCUGCCUGGAGCGAGCACAGCCUGGAUCCUGAGGAAAUACGGGAUGAGCUGAAGAAAUUAUACGCCCAGCUGGAAGUGUACAAACGCAAGAAGAUGUUAGCCAACAACCCUCAUUUGCAAAAGAAGAGGAACUCCAAGAAAGGCCUGGGUCGCUCACUGAUGAAACGGAUAACAGAGAUCCCAGAGACGAUGCACAUUCACCGACAGUGCAGCCGUGAAGAUGGCAGCGAACAUGGCAGCAACCGCAGCACCCUGAGGAGGAACCCCUUUGAUCCAAACCACCAUGGUAAAAUUCGUGAUGACUCCUUGAAGACUAAAGUGUUGGGUUUGAAGAAAUCACUCAGCUUUGACCACGUGUGUGACCAGGAUGAAGAAACUGGAAACCAGACUGGAUCUACAGCCGGAGAAAAAAUUACUCCUGUUGGAAGCUGUGGGGAAGGAUCUCUUUUGGGUUCUCUCAUUGGCCGCAAACAUGGUAAAAAGGCCCUGGAACCAGCUGCGACACCUCCUCGGCUGGAACCAGCAGAAUCCACAGAGUCUGUUCCUCUGUUCUGGAAAUCAGCCAGUGCCCACAACUUAACACAUGAGAAGAAGCCGGUCCAGCUGCGGACCUCCAUCAUGCAGAAGUCUCUAAGUGUGAUUUCUAGUGCGAAGGAGAAGAUGCCAGGCCUUUCCAGCAAGACACAGAGUGUAGAAGAUGCCACUAAAAAGGGCCACAAAGGCCAGGAGAGCAAGCCGCUGUCAGAAGUGGACGAGAUGCCUGAACACUACUCCAAGAUGAUCGUCAGCCAGUCAGUGGAGUACUCCAAGACACCCAUGAAGUUAGGCAUCAUGAAGCAACAGGUGAGCGGCAGCCAGCCGUCCAUUUGCUCAGAGACCAGGAGGAACCUGUACGAUGUGUCUGAGGUUUGUUCCUGGGAGCUGGAAGAACCUCAGAUGCCGUCUGAGGGAAAAACCCAGAAGCACGUUUCCAUUGCACCAGAAGAAAAUACAGCAGACAGGAGAGGCAGCAGCUCUGGAAUCAAAGGUCACCGGUCCCAGCAGAAACAGAAGACAGGACAGUCCCCUGCCAACCGGCAGCGCUCCAGAGAUAAAGGAGGUGAAAGGGAGGACGGGCGUGAAACAAGGAAAAUUCAGACCCCCAGGUCACCUCUCCCUCUGAAGCCAGACAUCUCCCCUUUGGAAUUUAACGAGCAGCCCAUGCUGGAAGAACAUUCACAUUCCAUCUCUCCGGACAGGAUCAGGCGUAAAAAAAGCGUCACACCCACUGAUGGGAAACCCAAGACACUCCACUCAGACCACUCCAGGUCCACAGGGAGCCUUUUGCAGCCUCCCUCAAUGAUGGUAGAGAUCUGUCCAUGGGAUUACACCAGCCCACCCUCACCCAAGCAGGAGAAGACCGGCCACAGCCCCACGCUGCACUCCAAGAAGAAACGAAAGGGCUCCUGCUCGUCCAACUCCAAGGAGAAGGAGAAAGGGAGGGAAAAAAGCAAAGAAAGGCGAAGCUCCUCCAGCAAGCCAUCAUCAGAGAGGAGGCGAGUUAGCCAGGCAUCGGAGCACGGCAGAUUGGUCUCUGAGCGACGAAAGAGCUCCACAAGGGAGCCCGAGGUGAUGGACAAAAAGAGGGAGGUGGAACCCUUACACACCGGCCCAGCUCAGACUAAAACCUCCCCAGAGAUUAAGCAAGAGAGCCAUUUGAGUACUAAUUUGAAACCCGCAGUCACCAGCAGUACAGAAAUGGCAGACGUUUGCCCCUGGGAUUUUCCAGACUCAGGGGAUGAAUGGUAACCAUCAGGGUGAUGGACGGAACUUUUUGUAUUCAGAACACAGAGCUCUAAUAAUGUCAAGAAGUCUGUGAACACAACAAAAAGUUUAAAAUGAAAGACGUAACCUUUUAUUUUUGGGGGUUCGUCUUAGUCUGUAAUUAAUUUCAUGAGAGGACUUUUCUCUGUUGUGUUCUGCAGCAGUCCAAUGUUUGCAAAAAUAACAAAACUCUCAUUGUCACACUGCAGGGCCAUCUACAUUAAAUUCACACAUAUUUUA